AUGCAGAUUUGUUUCGUGCUAGCCAUCGUUGCUUCAGUAGUUAACGGUGAUGCUGAUGCAAAUCCAGCAGCAUUUGCCGAGUCCUUGGCCUUGGAGCAUGGCUCUGAGUUUGCCAACUCUAUGGGAGAGGUGGCCAUGCUAUUCCCUGACGACAGAGAAUGGUCAGAAGAAGCUGAGAUCAUCGCACCUUGCGGUUCUUAUGCAAGUGUCGUCAAUAGAACAGACUUUCCUAUCGACGACGGUUUUGUUUCUCUCGUCGCUAAGAGUGACAAAGCUUGGAGUAUCUCUUUAAAGAUCUCGUAUAAGAAAGAUCCUAAGGACAAUUCGGACUUCGACGAGUGGGCCAACGGCAACGUCACCAACGACAUCGAUAUUGGUCAUACAUGUUUCUACAUGCCAGAUCAGCCUUCUUCUAUCAACACCGGUGAUGUGGCAACCAUUCAAUUGAUGUAUAUGGCCUUGGAAGAUGAAAGUAAUGAGACUCAUUAUGCUUGUGCCGAUAUCAAGUUUGUCGAGGAGUCCGUGUUCAAGGUCACGGAAAACGCUCUUACCUGCUUCAAUGCUACUGAUGACAAUUACUACUCAUAUUCUGAUUAUGGUGAUGAGGAUGGGACUUCUUCUUCCAAGUCGACCAAUUCUGGCUCCAGUUCUGGCUCCAGUUCCACUUCUGCUUCUUCCUCAAGUAAGUCUUCCUCGUCCUCUUCUACAGGCGCAGCCACUGCAGUCGGCGUUAUCGGUAUUUUCGGACUCGGUGCAGCUGCUGCUGCACUCGUUAAUGUAUUGUAA